AUGGCCACCAGCGGCCCCCCUGAAGCCAAGACGGCGGAGGCUGCGCCUCUCCCCGACGAGAAGAGCCAGACCGAUCACCACGAAGGCGAGGAGCAGGGCAUCGAGCUGGGCACCGGCCGACCAAGUUAUACAAAAGAAGAGGUGCAGCGAGUAAUCUACAAGCUCGACAGGCACCUCUUGCCCCUGCUCUUUGUCCUCUACUCCUUGUCCGUGCUUGACCGCAGCAACCUGGGCAAUGCUCGAAUCGCAGGGAUGGAGCAGGACAUUGACAUCUCAGGGCGGCGAUACGACUGGCUAGGCACAGCCUUUUACAUUGCCUAUGUCCUCUCCCAGUGGCUAUGCGUUGGCUGGCAGGUCGUCCCCCCGCACAUAUGGGUAGCCUUCUGCGUCUUCUCCUGGGGCUUAGUGUCAACGCUGCAGGCCGUAUGCACGUCAUGGGCCGGGCUCAUGAUCUCUAGGGUAUUCCUAGGAAUCAUGGAGUCCUGCUACGGGCCAGGCGUCACACUCUACCUGUCAUACUUUUACCCUCGCGAAGUGGUUGGGCUCCGCAUCGGCAUCUUCUUGUCCGGAGCUGCAGCAGCAAGCACGUACGGCGGCGUGCUGGCGUACGGGAUUUCGCAAGCGCGUGGGAGCAUCGCCCCGUGGCGGAUCCUCUUCAUCGUCGAGGGAGUGCCGACUUGCCUCCUCGCCUUUGUGGCCUUCUUCUUCAUCCCCGACGGGCCCAGCACGGCCAAGUUCCUGACGCCUCGGGAGAGAGAGAUUGCCAUCGACUUGUCCUUGCAACAGCCUGGUGAUAGAUCCGGCAUCAAAGGCUUGCAAAAGAAACAGGCACUGCAGGCAAUUCUGGACUACCGCAGCUACUUGCCCGCCAUCAUGUACUUUGGCUCCAACGUCGCCUUCUCCUCGCUACCCCUAUUCAUCCCCACCAUCAUCUCGCAAAUGGGCGCCUUCACGACUGUCCAGUCGCAGGGCCUCUCCGCGCCGCCCUACAUCGCCUGCCUCAUCACCAUCAUCGCCUGCGCCCUCAUCUCCGACCGCCUCAAGAUCCGCGGGCCCUUCAUCAUCGGCGCCGCCGUCAGCGCAGCAGUCGGCUACGCCGUCCUCGCGACCACAUCGAGCGUCGCCCCGCGCUACUUCGGCCUCUUCCUCGCCACGCAAAUGUUUGUGUGCAUCGCCAUCAUCCUCGCCUGGGUGAGCAACACGCACGCCACGGACUCGCGGCGCGCCGUGGCCCUGGCCAUCCUCGCUACGGGCGGGCAGUGCGGGCCCAUGGUCGGCACCAACAUCUUUCCCGUCAAGGACAAGCCGUUCUACCGCAGGGGCAUGUGGGUGUCUUGCGCGUGCUCGCUCAUCGUGGCCGUGGCGGCGGCGCUCCAGAUGAUGGUCCUUUGGCAAAGCAAUAGGAAGCUGGAGCGCGAGAGGGCGGCGAGGGCUGCCGCGGGCGGGAACACGAAUGACCAGGCCGACAACCCGUACAGCGAUGAAAACUUUCGCUAUGUUCUUUGA